UGCCCGUCGCGUCGCGUCUUUGCGUCGCGCUGCGCCCGGGGCCGUCGUUCGCCGCCGCCUCCCGAGUCGGUCUGGGGCGAAGAUGGACGCGGCCACUCUGACCUAUGACACUCUUCGGUUUGCUGAGUUCGAAGAUUUCCCAGAGACCUCGGAUCCUGUUUGGAUACUGGGUAGGAAAUACAGCAUUUUCACAGAAAAGGAUGAGAUCUUGUCCGAUGUGGCAUCAAGACUUUGGUUUACAUACAGGAAAAACUUCCCAGCCAUUGGGGGCACGGGCCCCACCUCUGACACAGGCUGGGGCUGCAUGCUGCGCUGCGGACAGAUGAUCUUUGCUCAGGCUCUGCUGUGCCGGCACCUGGGCCGCGACUGGAGGUGGACGCAGCGGCGGCGGCAGCCAGAUGCCUACUUCAGCGUGCUGCACGCCUUCCUCGACAGAAAGGACAGUCACUACUCCAUCCACCAGAUAGCGCAAAUGGGAGUCGGCGAGGGCAAGUCCAUUGGGCAGUGGUAUGGGCCCAACACGGUGGCGCAAGUCCUGAAGAAACUCGCUGUCUUCGACACAUGGAGCGCCUUGGCAGUGCACAUAGCCAUGGACAACACGGUGGUGAUGGAUGACAUUCGAAGACUGUGCAGAGGCAGCAGUCCUUGCCUGGGCGCAGCUGCUUGCCCCAUGGACACAGACAGGCACUGUAACGGGCUUCCAGCUGGAGCCGAGCUCACCAACAGGCCUGCACUCUGGAGACCCUUGGUGCUUCUCAUCCCCCUGCGGCUGGGCCUCACUGACAUCAAUGAGGCCUACGUGGAGACACUGAAGCACUGUUUCAUGAUGCCCCAGUCCCUUGGCGUAAUCGGAGGGAAGCCUAACAGUGCCCACUACUUCAUCGGCUACGUGGGUGAGGAGCUCAUCUACCUGGACCCCCACACGACACAGCCGGCCGUGGAGCUGAACGACGGCGGCUUCAUCCCAGAUGAAAGUUUCCACUGCCAGCAUCCACCCAGCAGGAUGAGCAUUGGGGAGCUCGACCCGUCCAUCGCUGUGGGAUUCUUCUGUAAGACUGAAGGCGACUUUGACGACUGGUGCCAGCAAGUCAGGAAGCUGUCACAACUUGGAGGCGCCCUGCCCAUGUUUGAGCUGGUGGAGCAGCAGCCUUCCCACCUGGCCUGCCCUGAUGUCCUGAACCUGUCCUUAGAUUCUUCAGAUGUGGAGCGACUGGAAAGGUUCUUUGACUCAGAAGAUGAAGACUUUGAAAUCUUGUCCCUCUGAGAAUCCUGCAGCUGGCAUAGUCUCCACUGGCCCUUACUGGGGUGCCUUCAAGGGCCAGCCUUGCCUUGGAGUGCUCAGGGCCACCGCAUCUCAUCCAUCCAGCCUGUCUGCCAGGCGCAAAGUCCUAUUCUGGAGGAGAGGGACCACUCAGGGUGCGAAUGCAGAACCCAGCACGGGGCUCGCCCUUGCAACCUGCAUCACGCUGCUCCACCCUGCCGCUUUCUGGGCUCCCGUCUGGGUUUGCUUGGGGAUUAAAGUCCUGUUAGAAGUCGCUCCACA